AACAAACUCUAGCAUCUAUAAAUUCUUGUUCCACAAAUCACACAUUCCCUUUUCUUUUCCUUCCAUUGUUUUUGUUCACUCCCAUUUCUUUGGAUUCUGUUCUUUCACUAUUCUUGAAACUUAGAAAGAAAAAAAAUGGCACAAGAAAAUGCAAGUCAUCAUCAUCUAAUGACAUUAUUCUUCAUCAUUAUCUUCUUAAGUAUGGCUUCAUGUUGUUAUGGAGUUGGAAUCAAUUGGGGAAACAUGGCAACUCACCAACUUCCUCCAAAGAAAGUUGUUAACAUGCUUCAAGAGAAUGGUUUUGAUAAACUCAAACUUUUUGAUGCUGAUGAAUGGGUUAUGGCAGCUUUAUUAGGGACUGAUAUUGAGGUUAUGUUAGCAAUUCCAAAUAAUAUGUUGCAAGAAUUUAGCAUGAAUCCUAAAGCUGCUGAAUCUUGGGUUUAUGAAAAUGUCACCACUUAUUUGUACCCUGGUGGAUUAAAUAUCAAAUACAUUGCUGUUGGUAAUGAACCUUUCCUUAAGGAAUAUAAUGGAACCUAUCUACUAUACACUCUACCAGCUCUAAAGAAUAUACAAACAUCUCUCAACAAAGCAGGACUUGGUUUAAGCAUCAAAGCAACAGUUCCAUUCAAUGCUGAUGUUUAUUAUUCACCAGAGACAAAUCUAGUUCCAUCCGCUGGCGAUUUCAGGCCAGAAGUCCGCGACUUAACCAUCGAAAUAAUUAAUUACUUAUACACAAACAACGCGCCAUUUACAGUCAACAUAUAUCCAUUCUUAAGUCUAUAUGGAAAUGAUCAUUUCCCUUUUGAUUUCGCGUUUUUCGAUGGAAACAAUAAGCCUUUAAUGGAUGGUAAUUUACUUUACACAAAUGUAUUUGAUGCAAAUCUUGAUACACUUUUAUAUGCUUUAGAAAAAGCAGGAUAUCCUGAUAUGAAAAUUGUGAUUGGAGAAGUCGGUUGGCCAACAGAUGGUGACAAAAAUGCAAAUAUUCAAAAUGCAAAAAGAUUCAACAAUGGUUUACUUAAACAUUGUUUAAGUGGUAACGGUACACCGAAAAGGAAAGGUAUAAUCGACGUUUAUUUAUUCAGUUUAAUCGACGAAAAUGCUAAAAGUAUUGCUCCUGGCAACUUUGAAAGACAUUGGGGAAUUUUCGAGUUUGACGGAAAACCAAAAUAUGAAUUGGAUUUAAAAGGUUUGGAAAGUGAUAAAGGUCUAGUAGCUGUUGAAGGUGUGAAAUAUUUGGAAAAACAAUGGUGUAUAUUAGAUCCUGAUGUUACUGAUUUGCAUUAUUUGGCUAAUAGUAUUGAUUAUGCAUGUAGCUUAUCAGAUUGUACUGCAUUAGGAUAUGGUUCAUCUUGUAAUGGUUUAAGUCUUCAAGGGAAUGCUUCUUAUGCAUUUAAUAUGUAUUAUCAAGUGCAUAAUCAGAAGGAUUGGGAUUGUGAUUUUUCUGGUUUAGCUAUUUUGACAGAUCAGGAUCCAUCAGAAAAAGGGUGUCAAUUUCCUAUCAUGAUUUCUCAUGGUACUUGUUUGGUGCUUCACAAAGGACUUUUAUUAGCCUUUGGUGUAAUUAUUUUUGUUGUAUUUUUUUUACUAUAGUUGACAGAUAAUUCAUGAGUACUAAAAAUUGUGUCAUGGUAGAUUUGUAGUAUAUAUUUUUUUGGAAAGAAAAAAGAUUAGAUCCAUAAUCCAUGUUGUAAAGUUUUUGCUACUUUUUUCUUGCUUUUAAUUUUUUAGCAUAUAAUACUUUGACUUAGGACUCUACUUAACUUAGCUAGGUGAGUUAAGUUCAAGUGGCUUUUGUUUAGAUUAAUAUAUGUUGCUUGCAGCUGAUGUAAUGUUCCAAACUGUCAAUACAAUAACUUAUGAAAAUGCUAAUGAGGUUCCAUUUCA